AGGAUACCAUCUCUCCCUCUCAACCCCUUUCUCUUACCUUCCAGUACACGUAUUCUUCUUCUGCUCUCUCUUUCUUUCCUUUUUUUUAUAUAAAAAAAAAUGUCUGCAGAUCAUGGAUUAUUACAAGAUUUGUCGCAAACCAAAUUACCCAAACUAAAGAUUCAAUCUUCAAAUCAAACAGGAAACGAAAACACGAAUCCAGAUGACAGCAGCAGUAGCAGUAAAGAGUGUUGUGUAACGCCAACAUCGAAAGAACACAAGAUCCCAGCAGUUUUGUCAUGUCCAGGAGCACCAAAGAAACCUAGGAAAACAUAUGUGUCUUGUAAAAGGAAGCUGUUGUCUAAAUUCCAGUUCUUCGACAUCAUUAACAGAGAAGAAGUUGAUGCGUUUUUCAAUACUGGUUUUGAUCAUUCUAUCUCCAAAAGAAGGUGCCCUCCUACAUGAACAAUAAUAUUAUACGUAUAUUUUUAUUUUUUUAUAUAUGUAAUUUUUUUUUUUUUUUUCUUUGUAUGUAUGUAUUGAAUUGAAAUUACACGCAAAUCUAUUACUAGAAUUCAAAAACUUUAUAUAAGUCUGUAAUAUUCAGACUUUUUUAUUUAUGGGAUCCGAUCUAUACAUGUUAAA